UUUGGUAAUAGGAAUGGAAUAAAAAUGCGAAAAACAAAUUGAAGAUAAGCCCCGACAGUGUGCACUAAUUCAAUAACAGCCGCACACGACUGUUGCAGAAGUGUCCAAUUCCGUCCAUCUCCGCCCUCAUCUGCCGCCAUGGCCGCCUCCUCGAUCUCUCUGACCACAUUCUCCUCUCUCCCCGUACGCCACCGCUCAAUCAUCCGCCUCCGCCCGAACACCUCGUCCCUUUGUUUCCUCACCCCCAAAUCCCCCGACGUCUCUGUUUUGAUCCAUGCAAACACCAUCAAGCUCGCACCAACUACGGCCACCUCCUCCGACAUCGACACUACGUUCUUCGACAGCUUCGAACCGGAUCAAAUAUCCACCUUUGACCCUCCCCUCCCGCCAGAGGGAUUUGUUCCGCCGCCCUAUUUCGACGAAGGGCCGGUGGAAUCGGAGGAAGACAUUGCGCGGGGCUACGAGGAGCUAUACGGACCAGGUUACAGUGGGGAGACAUUACUGGGCAACGAUUUGGACGAAUUGGUCUCUAAGACGAAGAAGUCUGGGUUUAGGUCGGUUAGCAAGAGAGAUAAGGUGAGAGAUGGAUUUGAGGAGAGAGUAGUGCAAGUCAGGCGGGUGACUAAGGUGGUUAAGGGCGGCAAACAGCUGCAUUUCAGAGCGAUCGUAGUGGUGGGUGACAAGAAGGGACGGGUGGGUGUGGGUAUUGGGAAGGCGAAAGAAGUGGUUGGAGCUGUUCAGAAAUCUGCUUUGGAUGCUAGGAGGAAUAUCGUCACCGUGCCUCUGACUAAAUAUUUGACUUUCCCUCACAGAUCUGAAGCAAAGUACGGCGCAGCAAAGGUCAUGCUUCGACCAGCAUCACCUGGAACAGGUGUGAUUGCAGGUGGUGCCGUGAGGACCAUCUUAGAAAUGGCUGGGGUUGAGAACGCCUUGGGAAAACAGCUGGGGAGUAGCAACGCACUGAAUAAUGCAAGAGCGACCGUCGAAGCCGUGCUGAGGAUGAGACAGUUCAGUGAGGUUGCACUCCAGCGCGGCAUUCCCAUGGAGGAACUGUGGAAGUGAAGAUAAUACAUAUACAUAUGUACUAGCCAUCUUCAUGGUUUCUAUAGUUAUCUAUGGCCUUUGUUGGAACUCGAAAGCAUUUUCUCAACAGGCAUCAUUGCCACUUUUUUUUGUUUCUCAAUUCUCAACUAGUGUUAAUUUUAUUGAUCAAUAUGUACAUUUUCGUGGGUGAAGGAAAUUAUGUUCAAAAGAAUUAGUGAAACAGUUACACAGGUCUCCAUCACUCCAUGUUUGCAUUUGGAAUCUACUAUUCAUGACUUCAUUUAUCUCCAAGCACAUCCAAACAAUUGCUAAUGCUC